AGACCAAAUUCAUCAAAAUCAGCUGAAUAUCUUUGAUUAUUUUGCAAACUACCUAUUAUCAAUAUGGCUGAAGAGCAUCAUCACACCAUUUCAGGUCUGGUUGGGAAGCUUAUAACUGAAUCGGAGGUUAACUGUGAAGCUCACAAAUAUUACGAAAUAUUUAAGCAUCAUGAAGAUGUUCCAAACGCUGUACCACAUCAGUACACUGCUGUCAAAGUUAUCGAGGGACAUGGAAUCACUUCCGGCUGUAUCAAGGAAUGGGAUUAUAUUCAUGAGGGUAAAACACUAGUUGUGAAGGAGACAACAACAUACGAUGAUGAGGCAAUGACUAUACACCACAGUGCGGUUGGAGGAGACGUGUUGAAUGAUUACAAGAAGUUCGACGCAACUCUGGCAGUUAAGCCAAAGGCUAAUGGAAAGGGGUGUAUUGCGAGUUGGACUAUUGAUUAUGUGAAGCUUAACGAGGAUUCUCCAGUUCCUAUCAGUUAUUUGGCUUUCUUCCAACAGAAUAUCGAGGACUUGAACACCCACCUUUGCGAAGCUGAACAAGUUAAUUAAGCAUCUAUGGGUGACCAGUGACCCAUUAUUUCAAUGUUGGGUGUAUGCUGUUUGUGUGAUAAUAAAAACUAAGAGUGUGCAGAUAUGGAUUUAUCCCAUUAUGUAUAAUUAAUGAUGUAAUGUGCAUAGCGCAUUCGUGGUUUGUUUUAUUUAUUUUCGUUGUUGAAUAUGUCAUCUAAAUUAUUCACUGUGUGCACAAAUCAAGUAAUUUGUAGAGUUUUCCUUUCCUUAA